AUGGCUGAGGAUCCUCUGGCCAAUGCAGAUGCAGCUAUUGCCCAAGGCAUUGAAGCUGCCGCCAGAACUGGACACGGUGAAGGACCCGAUCCUACAGGUGCUCCCACUGCCAACCUCGUCGACCCCGACGAGCCUCGAGUCGCUCGUCAAAGGACGAGCUCCAGUUCUUCCCGGCAGUCGAUCCAUGUGGCGCUGCCUUCCAAUGUGAAACCGGGGGAAAAGUUUUUUGUUGUGGUGGAUGAUAUACAGUAUGAAGUCAUCGCACCAGAAGGCUGCGUGUCUGGGGAGAUGAUUGCCAUGGACAUCAUGCCAGAUCUGCGUCCCUGGGAAUCCAUCGAAAAGCAGCGUCCGACGCCUGAGGUACCUGGGUGUCCUGAUCUCGGGCAUGCUGGAGGAUUGUCUAAAGGAGACCUGGAGUACGAAGCCUCGGUGGUCGAUUCUGUCGCUACUGAUGCCAGCAUCGUGCAAAUCACGGUGCCAGACAAUUGUCACCCUGGGGAUACUUUCAUCACAGUGGUCAAUGGCUUAGAGUUUGAAAUUCUGGUGCCAAAAGGAAGCAACACCGGAGAUGUCAUUACGAUGGAGGUACCUUCAAAACGUGCCAUUGGAAAGUUUGCUUUGCCAGGAGCUUUGGCCAACGCACCAUCCAUUCUGGCUAGUCAGAGUUCCAGUGACACAGGCAUUUUUGUAGAAGUCUCAGUUCCUGAAAAUGUCCUCCCUGGCCAAACGUUUGUGGCUGCCAUCGACAAUAUGGAGUUUGAUGUCCCUGUACCAGAUGGCUUUGGGCCGGGGGACCAGCUGACCCUACAAGUGCCUUCCCGCGGCUUCUUGAACCCGGUACCCUCUGAGCUGCGGGAGAUGCGCCAAGAGCUUCAACAAGUGCGUCAAGAGCUUCGAGCUCUCUGGCAAGGUCAAAUCUCAGAGGAGGUGGCGCAACAUGUUCCCGACUCCGGCUACAUCGAGAUCUUGAUACCGCCAGACUGCAUCGCAGGAGACGUCUUUAUCGUUGAAGUGGAUGAUGCCGAGUUCGAGGUGGUUGUCCCAGAAGACUGCACGCCCGGCGAGGUGAUCUACAUGGACGUGAGUCAGGGCACAGGCUAUUCGGCCAACGAGCUCAGUUGCGAGCAGAAGAGCGGAUCCAGACCGGCAUCCGCUGUCAAGAAAAAGAUCCUUCAGGAUCCUGGUAAAGCCGCCCAAGCCGCAGCUGCCUCCUCACAGAACAACUCUGGCAAGGUCCAGGAGAGCACCAUUCCCAACGCCCUCCAGGCUUUCGCAGAAGAGAGCUCUCGGGCGCUGAACGGGGUGAGUUCCAGGCUGGACUUGUUGGAGACGCAGCAGCGUGUCAUCAAGGCUGGGCUUGCCACUGCAAAGCGCUCCAACGAAGAGCUGAGCGCUAUCUUGCGAAGGCUAGAAGCAUUGGAAGCUGAGCCCACCAAGAAGGUCGAAGCGGCUGAGCCAUCGCGCAACCAGGGCAGCCUCAGCCAGGAGCUCUCGGAGAUCCGCAUGCUCCUGGACCUUCAGCGCAGGGUCGGAAACAUUGAGUUUCAGCGGUCAGCUCCAAGGCUUCCGGGUGGAAACUCUGCACAUGUCUCGGUGAUGGGAGCGUGCACUGCAAGCCACUAG